CCGUCUUGCAUCCAAACACAUCCAUAUUCCUCAACAUGGGCAACUCAUCGAGUACGCCCAAGAUAUCCGCCCAGGAUAGGUUAGCCACCAUGUCCCUACCCACGGCGACCAUCCUUCUGACCCCCACCCAAGGGCCAUUCUUGACAUGAAGAACCAACGCGAUAAGCUGCACCAGUACCAGAAGCGCAUUACCAUCAUCACAAAUCGUGAAAAAGAGAUAGCCAAGGAGUGUUUACGAAACGGUGACAAGCGACGCGCCUUAUUAGCCUUGAGGAAGAAGAAGUACCAAGAGUCAUUACUCGCCAAAACAGAUCAACAAUUGGCUCAACUCGAGACCCUCACAAGCGACGUCGAGUUCGCUCUCGUACAGAAGGAUGUCGUCUUUGGUCUGCAACAGGGUACAAACGUCUUGAAAGAGAUUCACAAGGAGAUGGGAGGGUUAGAACGCGUCGAGCUCAUCUUGGGCGAGAACGAGGAGGCCCAAGCAUACCAGAACGAGAUCAACGAGAUGCUCGGAACAAGAAUGACCAACCAGGAAGAGGAUGAAGUCGAGGACGAGCUCGAGGCCCUGGCGGCAGAAGCGAACAAACAAAGAUUGCCGAGCACUGCAGAAGCAGGAGUCAUUGCACCCAUGCCGAAUGCGCCUACAGAUGCGCCCAAGGAGUCAUCAAAGGAGAGAGCCGCGAGACGAGCAAGAGAACGAGAGAUGGACAAUGGCUCAGAGCCUAUACUUGCAUAAGGCAUACAACGUGAGCAUGCAUGAUGCGACAACGAUUCAACGGCGGUGUUGGUUUGUUUUAGA